AUGAAAGGGGAGGCCUGCAGGCAGCACAGCAGGGUGGGUGUGAGGCAAGCAGCAGAGCAGGUUGCAGGCAGUGGCGAGUUAGUCACGAGCGGGACAGCUCAGCUCUCGGCAUCUCAUUGUGGCCGUCAUCGUGCAGAGGCAGCCUCCGCGCGCAGGCAGGGAAGGAGGCAGGCAGCUGGAUUACCGGGGGGCCACACUCAGCCCCGGGCCGCAUCUCUGCUCUCCGGCGGGAGGCUGCCAUUUCUGCCCUCGGGAAGCCGCACACAAAGCCACACACGCGAGCAAGAACCUGAGUUGCUGCUCUGGGGUUCCACUGGGAAAUGGGCUCUGGUGUCAGAAAGGGGAGCGGUUCUCGAGCCCGUGUGCACCGGGGUUUUUCAGACUCCACCUCAGGGUGUUAACCAAGGUAACAGCCGGACAGGUCCACACGCCCACUGUUCCCACCUCCCAGCGGCCCCACACAGCAAGGUGUUUUGUCAUCCACUUGGUGGCAAAAUCAACUAUUUAUGGACUUGGACGUGUCCCUCUUCCUGUGAAUAUCCCCACAUCUGCUGCAGAAAUGCUACUGUUGGGACGCAGGGCGGGGCCCACAUCUCCCCGGGAGAGUUGGACAGUGAGCGACCCAGGCUCUGCAGCCCUGGUGCAACCCAAAGCAUCCCAAGGCCGGGAGCCCGUGUGGGCAGAGGGCUUCGGACAGUGAGCGGAGAUCCGUGGCAGCAGCUGCUGCCUGGCUGGCCGACUGCAGAAGAGCCCCUGGUACUCCCGGUGGGCCCUCGGGAAAAGCGUGAGCACCACGAUCACGUCUCAGGACGCCGCACACGUUAGGGUCGCCCACAGACCGCCAUUCCCAAUGCCUAGAAGGCACUGAAGGGGCCUCCUGCUCUUUGUAAAUGUCAACUCUCCUAAGCUAUGUUGUGUAGAAAAUUUUUAACUGCAGUCCACACAUACUUUCUUUCUGUCUUGUUUUUAUCCUUGAGGCAUAUUGUUAUGGAAAAUUAAGUUUGCAAGGUUGAAGGGUUUUCUGAAAGUCGACUUCUAAUCCUGGAAGGAAAAAAAAAAAAAAUGGGCCAGAUGUGGUGCUCACGCCUGUAAUCCCAGCAGUUUGGGAGGCCGA